AUGUACCCAUCACCAGUAGGUAGGCCUAUGCAGCAACAGACAGUGGCUCCUGGCUAUCUAGCUAGCCCUGCAGGAGCCUUUGACUACACCAUGGCGUCUACCUAUCACCGAGGCCGUCCAUCGAUGUGGCUUGGGGGAGCUAGCCCUACCGCCUUUGGGACCAACGUAUCCACGGCGUACGGUCUUGGGACGGCUCCCCCACCGUCACCGUACAUGACGUCCCCGGUAUGCGGCGGUGGCUACCCGCACACAGCGCAGCACAGCCCGGUCAGCACAGCGCACUGCCACUACCCAGCUGCCUUCCCAUCAACGGACUUUGGUUGGUUGUCCCUCUCGGCCCAGCAUGAACUCUAUAGGAUGGUCAGACCACCGUACUCCUACUCGGCCCUGAUUGCGAUGUCAAUCCAGACCGCACGGGAGCGCAAGAUCACCCUCAGUGGCAUCUACAAAUAUGUUGCUGAAAACUUUCCCUUCUACAAGAAGUCUAAAGCCGGAUGGCAGAAUUCCAUCCGACACAAUCUGUCUCUAAACGACUGCUUCGUCAAGGUAGCUCGGGCGGACAGUGACCCAGGCAAGGGGCACUAUUGGACCCUUGAUCCCAACUGCGAAAAGAUGUUCGACAAUGGCAACUUCCGUAGGAAGCGAAAACGCCGUCAACUGAACACCGACAACGGUGUCAAUACUGAAAACUCCGAGCAGCUCGUCAAGGAUUUCAAAAUUGAGUCGAAUGAGAGCAUCCUUUCAUCCCCUAAGUUGCCAGUCACCCUUCUGUCUGAUGGAGCUACAUCUACAAGUCACCCGUUUCCGGUCCUCCCUACCAACCAAGUCCAAAGUGCCGACUCGCUCCAAGAACAGAAGACAUGUCUUUUCCAAUCGUCUCAGAAUGAAACCAUUAUUGCUUCUUUCACCGCUUUCGCUAACAAACAGUUUGCCGAAUUCGGGCAGGGCGCGAGGGUCCCGGGCACCACGCCCAGCCCGGCUGAAAGUACGGCAGCUUUGGGUGGGAUCGGGACCAUAUCUCCCCAGAAUGAAGGCCUGGAACCAGGGCAGAGGAAUCGAGGUGCGUCUCGCUAUGGAUUCAGCGUUCGGAGUUUGCUUGCUUAUCCAUAUCACGAGAUUGCUGAGUGA